CACGACUUACUCACUCUUGUCUCAGAUUCGGCUCUCUCGCAGGCUGUGCAGGGCACCCGCAUUCGCGGUGUAUAAGUAUCAUUAUCUUCAUCGCUGAGAGUCAACGAUACAUUGCUGCCCUAUGAGUCUCUCAACCGUAGACCUGGACGUCCUGACCGCCAUCAUCGCUCUCCUUUCUCCCAGCGAUGCACGGUCCUUAUCCCUGACGACGCGAGCCCUCUAUCCUGCAGCCCAGCGACACGCGCUCUCCACCGUAGUCCUCGACAAGCCAUCCAAGCUCUCUCGUGCUCACGAAUACCUUCUUGCGGACGUCCCUAACCGGUCACACUACAUCCGUAAACUCACAGUGACCCAUCAAGCACUGAAUUCACCGAGCGAUGACAAUGUCGACGACCCACUGUCGGCUUUCUUCGUGCAAUCAGCUCGACUCCUGGCUGACUUGCUGGAGAGCACACAGUUGCUGACAACAAUAUCAGUCGCCUCCAUGGAGCAGAUCAUUCGCGCGGAGCCUCGCGUCUGGAACGCUCUGACCGCCCUCAGUUUCCUCACAAACGUCGAGUUGAAGGAUGCCCAUGCGGGCGUCCUCAGUCGUCUAGGGGAAUUCCGAGGCCCUCUUCGCAAGCUCGAGUUUUGCGGCUCCCCGGAUUCUUACAUGCUUCCUGGCAAGCUACCUUUUUCCCAGCUCGUGAAGGCGUGGUGCGCAUAUCCACGUCUCCAGCACAUCGGCCUCGACUACGUCCCCAAGGUAGACUAUGACCGAGAACGGCUGUCAUCGUGUACUCCGUGCCAGACCGUGCUUAACCUGGACGUCUCGCACAGCGAAUUACCACUAUCCGGUAUGACCGACAUGUUGCCAAACCUACGAUCUCUCUCGAUCCUCAAUACGAAGGAUUACUCCGAAGACAACGCCGGGAAAUGCUGGAGUCGUUUGGCACGAUUGGACUUCCGCACACAGCACGGGCCGAGCGAUAGCCAACAUCAUUGGGUUAUAACAUCCCGCACGCGGCAGCUUGUCCUCCUCCACAGCGUCGAGACGGAUCCGAACAGAUACUGGAAUUUUCGACAUUUCUACGCUAGCACCGUGGAAGAUGCACAACCUGUCGCUCUUUGCUUAUCGACUUGUCCGUCGGUGGGCGAAGAUUUCUGGACAGGCCUGGUACGCGAAGGAAGAAGGCUGAGAUGUCUCGAUAUUAGGUUACGUGCAGGCUGGAAGUGUCACAAGGAUGUGAGCGAGUGGCUGGACAAGGUCCCUCGGUUCUGGACAGAUUCCGACCUCCUGUACGUCCGUAUCUUCAUCCGCGAGACAGAUUUCCUCUCCCGCAUGAACACCUCCAUUCCUUUUCGAGAGGAUGAUGCCGCUGCGAUGGCAUAUGUGAAGCAAACCGUCUCUGCUCAUCUACUCGCCUGCGUGCCGACGGUCCGUUUGAUUGCUAUCAAGUUAAUGAAUGAAACGUCCUGGUGGCGGGCGCAGCAGGGCGGCGAGGGUGGCCCGAGGCAUCUGGUACCAAUCUCGAGUGACGUCGGUCACCAUGUGGAAACAUACCUGUAUUCGGAGGAAUUUGAGCAGUCAAUGGUGUUUGACGGUGAGUGCACGACGAUGAGCGGGCACUUAUACUAAUUUUAGCUGCAGAGUCUCUGUUUGACCGUCAGAGCGGGCUAUGCACGAAAACUCGUGUCACCAAAACAUGUUGUCAGUCAUGGUUCUGUGGACAUGUAUGAGCUGAAGGGUGUACCGAGAGUGAUUCAUACAUAUUAGAUCGUCCUUCGUCUCUCUCGACCACAGUGCUCUGCCUGGUGUGUGUAUCACUGGUCAUACCUCUGGCAGGCCUGCACUAAGGUAUAUUGCGG